CCCUAUAAUUUCACCCCAAAAAAAACUGAGUCCCAAAUCAUACUUGUAAUCAUGCAUUGGGUGGUUGUACUCUCCUUCUUACUACUCUCUUCGUCUAUGGUACAAGCCGACAAUGCACCCGCUCCUUCUCCUAAACCAACCACCAAGCCGCCUCCGCCUCCGCUGCCGCCGCACUCUGCUCCCGCUCAUUCCCCGACACCCUUUUCGUCCUCACCAUCCCACUCGAAGUCUCCGGCUCAUUCUCCGACAAAAUCUCCUUCUCCGGUGAUUUCUCCGUCUGUUUCGCCGGCUAAGUCUCCAUCCAAUACUCCGAAAGCUUCUCCAGUGGUUAGCCCGACUGUUUCUCCGCCAAGUACGUCUCCGGUUUCUGUGACUCCUGCCCCAAUGGCUUCCCCUCCGUCUUUGGCUCCAGUUAGUUCGCCAGAGUUGAGCCCGGUCGGUGCGGCGCCGGCAGCGGAGAGUCCGGUGAUUGCGGCUACACCCGAAGCGUCGUCUUCGAUUCCUUCGAGUUCGGAGACUCCGACAGAUUCUCCAUCGAUGUUUCCGUCGAGUAGCAGCCCACCGAAUCCGGCGGAGAGCCUUUCGCCGGAGACUGCUCAGGGUCCGGUUGGCGAUGGGUCUGGUUCGAACUCGAAGAAUGGAGUUCAUGUCGUUUUGAGUGGGCUUGCUAUUUGGGCCUCUUUGGCUAUCUAAGCCCAAUACGAUUAGUGGGCCUUGGUUUACAUUAUUGUCACUUUUAUUGUUUUUUUAGGAAAAUAUUUAGGUUAUUAUUUUCUAAUCUGAGUUUGCACUGGAUUGUUGUAACAAUUUUGUUGGAAGGGAAAAGACUCAUUUAUUUCUAAUAUCUCUAUCUUUUUUUUU